UAUGAAUUGUUCUUGUGUUGCCUCAUCAACAAAAAUCGAGUGCAUUGUUUUGAAUGACGACUACCGAUGGAUGUGCACAAAGUCAACUAAAACAAGCUUUUUCACAAGAGAACAAAAAUACGUCUCGAUGUACCCGCACCUUUGCGUUCGUCUUCGUCGGCAGACGUGAAUUUAUUCAUUAGUUUCGAACUUGACACUGAGUAUAACAUAGUAAACCUAAAUAAAAUAAAUUAAUUAAUAAAAACAAUGACAAAUGAAAGACCAAUUAUCGGAAUCCUUUGCAUAGAUGUGGCAACAAAACUUUACGAAUUAUAUGGGCCAACAGUCAAAAGUUACAUUGCAGCUUCUUAUGUGAAAUUUUUAGAAUGUUCUGGCGCCCGAGUUGUGCCUAUUUGGAUUGGAAAGGAUGAACAAUACUACAGGGACAUCAUGAAAAACAUUAAUGGGAUUUUAUUGCCCGGUGGAGCAGUAUAUUUUGAAAAACUAGAAAAUCAAAAACCUGAACAAACAAACGAAUGCGUGCGAAGUUCUGAGUUUAUUUAUCGGAUUGCAGUAGAAAUUAAUAAUGACGGAGUUUAUUUUCCAUUAUGGGGAAUAUGUUUGGGAUAUGAAUUGUUACUAUAUCAUUCAUCAGAAAGAAAACUAAACCGGCAAAAUUGUACCAAAAUGAAUAAAUCGAUGGUAUUGGAAUUGGAAAAAGAUUUUCUGAACUCCAAACUUUUUCAAAGUUUACCAAGGGAAAUGGAAAGCAUCUUGCGUACGGAAACAUUUGCCUUUCAUUUCCACCAAUUUUGUAUUACUAAAAAUGAUCUUUGUGAGUUUGAAAUCAAUGACCAAUGGAAAGUUACUUCUGUAAAUCGUGACGAAAAUGGCUUGGAGUUUAUUUCUACCAUCGAACAUGUUAAAUAUCCAUUUUAUGGUGUUCAAUUCCAUCCUGAAAAAGUCAUAUUCGAAUGGAGUCUAAGUGAUAGUAUAAAUCAUACAGAAAAUUCUGUAAAAUGUGCUCAAUAUUUGUCUAAUUUCUUCGUAUCAGAAUGUAGAAAAAAUUUAAAUAGUUUUUCAAAUAAACAAGAGGAAGAUCGUCAUCUUAUUUAUAAAUUUCCUGUUGAAUUUACAGGAAUUAAAAAUUCAAAAUGGAUGCAAUGUUAUUUGUUUAGUGAUAAAAGCAACUAUGACUGUAUUUAAACUGGCUUAACAAAA